CUUUCCCCUCUGUAGCCGCUUGUGCCCUCCUUUCUUUGGGGCGAGGACGUGCCGGCAGGGCGAGAGGAAGCGAGGAGCUGAGACAGCGCCGCGCCCCCCGGGCGCUCCCCGCCGCCGCCGGGCCCCGCGCCCCCGGCCCCGCAUCGGCGCCGCGAUGGACCCCUGCUCUUCGCUCUUCAGCUACGUGUUAAUGCACUUGUUCGUCCUCUGCCUGCAAGCCCAGGUAACUGUUCAGUCCCCACCUAAUUUUACACAGCAUGUGAGGGAGCAGAGCCUGGUGACAGAUCAGCUCAGCCGGCGGCUUGUCCGUACCUACCAGCUGUACAGCCGGACCAGCGGGAAACAUGUGCAGAUCUUGGACAACAAGAAAAUCAAUGCCAUGGCAGAGGAUGGGGAUGUGCACGCCAAGCUCAUCGUGGAGACAGACACCUUUGGGAGCCGCGUGCGUAUCAAGGGGGCAGCCACAGGUUUCUACAUCUGCAUGAACAAGAAGGGGAAGCUGAUUGGCAAGAGCAACGGCAAAGGCAAGGACUGUGUGUUCACGGAGAUCGUGCUGGAGAACAACUACACGGCGCUGCAGAACGCCAAGUACGAGGGCUGGUACAUGGCCUUCACCCGCAAGGGCCGCCCGCGCAAGGGCUCCAAGACCCGGCAGCACCAGCGCGAGGUGCACUUCAUGAAGAGGCUUCCCAAGGGCCACCAGACCACCGAGCCCCACAGACGCUUUGAGUUCCUCAACUACCCCUUCAACCGGAGGAGUAAAAGGACUAGAAACUCCCGAGCGGGCCCUUGAUGUGCCCGGCCCUGCCUCCUCUGCCUGCAUCUCUCCUGGAGGAUGCGCCUCUGAGCUUGGUGGACUAUAUGUAGAGACUUUCCCAUAUGGGUAUCAAAAAAAAAACCAAAAAAAAA